UUCUGAGUUCAGCGCUUCUAGCAACUAACAUCGAGGGCUUCUCGCCGAACAUCACAACUCGUCCUAGUAGUACCUAAUCCUGCGCUCACAGUACGGAGCCGCAAGGCUACCUUCGACGUCGUCGAUUGCCAUGUCUGCAACUCCGACACCUCGAGCUUAUCAGCUCCCACCAGAGCUUUGGGCCUACAUUUGCGAAGAUCUCUCACGAAAAGAUCUGCGAAACCUUCGUCUUGUCUGCAGAUACCUACAAGAUUGUACAGCUCCGGCUCUCUUCAAAACGGUGUUUCUCAAAGUCAGCUUGGAUAGCUUCGCGAAUCUGCAGAAGAUCUCAGAGCAUCCAGUCUUCAGCAGAAGCGUGCGUUAUAUCUACUACGACGGACGAAUUCUUGCACCUUUCUUGUUGAAUUGUGAGUUCCAAGACUGGCGGCAGAAUUACUUAGAUGCUCGCAUGUAUGCGCGAUACAAUGCAUUCGGGUCAAAACAACGGCACAACGUAUACUUGGCAUUCAUCAAUCACACAUCGGGGCAGGAAUACAUAAGGAAGGGUACCCACGAGAAGGAAAUGCUCAGCCAGUAUCUGAGCAGAUUGCCUGGCCUCUGUGGCAUAUUUGUUCAAUCGUCAGAAUACAAUAGCCUGUGCCCUGGCGCUUUUACAAAACCUACCAACUCGACAAAUCCAAUCCUACUGAAGACUUUUACGGAACCUGAAUUCUACAGACAGCAAAAUGACGAGUACUUCUGGAGCCUUUUUGAAGCUGCGACUUCAAAUCCCCAGCUGUCUGAGCUGAGUGGUGUAGGACUGGAUAUACGUCAAUGGACGCUCCGUGCGAACCUGUCUAUGGAAUUGUCCCAGCGCGUACCAAACAUUCGUCGCUUGAAGCUUGAGUUUUCGGGCCAACCCAAAGACUUUUCCAGUUUCGAGCGAGUGUUAAUUCGACUGCCAUCACUUGAAUCUCUCCGCAUUUCAUUUACAUAUAUCGACUCUUCGGAAUAUCUUGAGGCACCCGUACGUUCAAAUCUUUUGAAUGAGCAAAUGCAUUGGAAACGACUGCGACACUUGUCGUUGCAAGCAAUCCCAACGGGUAGUCAACAUCUGAAAACGUUUUUGGCAAAACACUCGAACUCUUUGCGUUCUUUAGAGUUGGGAGAUAUUAUAUUCGUCCCAGAUCCCGAAAAUCCGGAUGCUAAAGAUGCGACUUGGAUCGAUUUCAUCUUAUUCCUCUGUGAUGAACUGACGUUGAAUAAUGUGAAAUUCUCUGGGACUCUGUACGCUGGUCGUAACGAGAAGUGGACUAUUCCCGAAUCUCCCUUUCAAUACCACAUGCCUUUUCACCCGGGGAACCUGCGAUUUAGGAUCGAACAAUAUAUCACACAUAACAGUUAUGCAUGUCCAUUCACAUCUAUCGAGCAUCGUGGCAAAGAUUCAUCUGGCAAUGGAGGUUUUCUUGAAAGCCAUAGUUCCAGGUGGAAGUGGACUCCAGACGCCUCCUGGGUGUUGACUCUUGGCUCACGCAUUCACGUGCCUAACUCUCCUUGGGAGGCUUCAGCUGAGCUCCUCGGCUCAAUUUGAGAAGUCGUCCAAAGCCUGAGACUGCCAGAACUUGCGAAUGCGGAGAUGUUACCACGAUCUACAGAGGGACAAUCUCGAUACCUGACCAGUUGACAACUUUGACACGCC